ACAGCGUGUUAGACUUCAACAUCGCUUGUAGCUAAAAGUACUUGAGCUAUUCAGUUACUAAAUGCUGUGGAGAAUACAUGCUGUUUUGAGACAUAAAAGUAAAAUUCUAUUUGUUAUGUUUCACCUUGUACUGUAGCUUAAAAACUGUGCAUGGAUCACUGUUAAGUCUAAUAUAACUAAACUUCGUUGGAACAUGCCUCACAGAAAGAAGAAAUCAUUCAUUGAAAAGAAGAAGGCUGUGACCUUUCACUUGGUCCACAGAAGCCAGAGAGAUCCAUUGGUGGCUGAUGAGAAGGCCCCUCAACAUGUGUUGUUGCCUGCCCACAAGGCAGAGGCCGAGAAGCGGAGGGAGGUGCAGAGGCAGUUUGGCGUGUUCUUCGAUGACGACUAUGACUAUCUGCAGCACCUGAAAGAGGCCUCACAGACCACAGAGCUAGUGUUCUCUGGCGUACCACAGAGAGAGGGUCGACUGCUCAUCACUGAAGAUGGAAAUGUGGUGGAGGAGGAUGUGGCUCACACACUUCCUGCAGUCUCCAUCAAUCUGCCCUCCUCUGUUUUUGCCUCUGAGUUUGAGGAGGAAGUGGGUCUGUUGAACAAAGCGGCACCUAUAUCAGGCCCCAGGCUAGACAUGGAUCCAGAUAUUGUGGCGGCUCUAGAUGAAGAUUUCGAUUUUGAUGAUCCAGACAACAUGCUUGAUGAUGACUUUGUUUUGAAGGCUACUGAUGUUGGAGCUGGAGAUGCUGACAUAGAUGACAGUGAUGAGUGGGAGGACACAGAUGAGACUGAGAGCAGCGAGGAGGAAGAGGAGGGCAACUACGAUUCAGACGGUCCCCUCUCAGAGGACGGGGACUGCCAGAAGAGGGAGUUUCUGUUUGCAGAUGAGGAAACAAAGAGCCGCUUCACAGAGUACUCCCUCACCUCAUCGGUCAUGCGGAGGAACGAGCAGCUCACCCUACUGGAUGACCGCUUUGAGAAGUUCUUUGAGCAGUUUGAUGAUGAUGAGAUUGGGGCCCUGGAUAACGCAGAGCUGGAAGGGUUCAUAGACCCAAGCAGUGCUCGCUUGGAGGAAGUCAUUAAAGACUACUAUAAACAGAUGGAGAAAGAAUACCAGAAGCCUGAUGACUUAGGCCCAAAAGAACUUAAUGUGGUGAAGGAUGAAGAUGAUGAUGAUGAAGAAGAACAGAAGACAGAGACUAUAGUGAUGGAGGAGCCCACAGAGAAGUGGGAUUGUGAAUCCAUAAUCAGUACCUAUUCAAACUUGUAUAAUCGUCCAAAGAUAAUCCAAGAUCCACCCAAGCUGAAGCCCAUCAAAGUGUCCAGUAAGACAGGCAUCCCACUUGGUGUCCUGCCCAGAAAGGGCCUCACAGCCAGGCAGGCAGAGUGCAUGGAGCGGAUCAAUGACUCUGACCUACCUAGAGUCUGCACACAGCCCCGACACAAAGAAGAGAGCAGGGAGGAGAAGAAGGCCAGGAAACAGGCCAUUAAAGAGGAGCGCAAGGAAAGGAGAACAGAAAAGAAGGCCAAUAAGAUGGCUUUCAAGCAAGAGAAGGCUCGGCAGGAGAAAGAACAGAUGAACCUUCGCCAUAACAUGCAAGGUCUAAAAUUGUCGUAACUAUGGGUGUGACUGGGUGCAGGUGUCAUCAGUGGUACUUAAUGAACGCACCCCAGCUCAGGGACAUGCUAAACUGCCUUCCCACCUCACAAGAGUGGUCUCAGACCCCUGGAUUCAAUCCCAAAAAGUUUUCCAGACCUAAGGCCAUCAUUCUGAUGCUUGCUGUUGUUGCAUUUUAAGCAAAUACUCAUUGUUAAUUGAGAUAAUAGGAGAGAGUAAUUGAGUAAUAAUUGAGUAAUA